ACUUCUCUCCAAUCCUAUUACUUUGUUCACAUAUAUCUUAGCUUGUGAGAGAAAAAUGAGUUUUCUUAAAGCUAUCAUAUUUUUUCUCCUUGUGAUUUAUGCUCAACAUGGAGCACAAGGUGAAAUACCCAUGAGAACCAUGCAUCUCAUUAAUUUAGCAAACAAUAAAGGCCCUUAUAUUGGUGUUGUAAUACCCAACUUAUUUGAGCUCAACCCUCUUCUUCAAUCUCCUAGCUUCACUGCCAGCGACUUUACCAUUGAUUUUUCAGGCAGGAGAUUCCGGUUCGGAACCAUUGCGGGGAAGAAAGUGAUCUUGGUCAUGACAGGACUAGGCAUGGUAAAUGCAGGCAUAACUACGCAGCUGUUAUUGAGUUUAUUCAGAAUAGAAGGAGUUGUACAUUAUGGGAUAGCUGGUAAUGCUGAUCCUUCUCUCCAUAUUGGAGAUGUAGCAAUUCCUCAGUAUUGGGGCCAUCUUGGUCUUCUAAAUUGGCAGCGAGAUGGUCACGGACCAGAUGAUGAAUUAGCUCUUGAGGCAGCAGGAGAUUAUUCAAGAGAAUAUGGCAACUUAAGAUUUGCUGACUACACCAGUAAUAUCAGUGACAACAGUGCACCUGAUAAUAAUUUGAACAGAAUUUGGUAUCAAGCAGAAGAGGUUUUCCCAAUAGAUGGAACUCCUGAGCAAAGGCAACAUGUUUUUUGGGUUCCUGUUGAUCCUCAUUACUUCAAUCUUGCUAAGAAACUUCAGAGCUUGAAUUUGGAGGGAUGCGUGAAUGCAACAACAUGUUUAUCUACAACACCCAAGGUAGCCACUGUUCUAAGAGGUGCAAGUGCAAGCAUAUACGUAGACAAUGCAGCUUACAGAAACUUCAUUUAUGAACAAUUCAAGUUAAGUCCAGUUGAAAUGGAAAGUGCUGGAGUUGCACUCAUUUGCCACCAGCAGAGGGUUCCAUACAUCACCCUUCGCGCUCUCUCCGACUUAGCCGGUGGUGGUUCUGCACAAUCUAAUGAGGCUGAUACCUUCUUGCCUGUUGCUGCUACAAAUUCUGUUAUUGCUGUGGUGGAAUUCAUUAAGUUGUUGUCCGUAGCAAAGGCUGCAGUCUAACUAGAGAGUUGGUUGAUUGCAUGGUAGUAAAUUAAGGCUGUUGUUACUUGUUAGAUCUAUGGAAUAAAUUCGAGUUUGCUUAA